UGCAACCCGGUGUUUUAAGAUACGGGCCUCUGCGCGUAUACAUACAUAUACACACGUAUACGUAUAUACAUCGUAUAUACGUAUAUAUACACACACAUAUACCGUCGGGCGGCGGAAGUGUUUUGCUCAAUCCUCCUCGUCGCGCGCGCAGUCCGUGCGCUACGCACUACAUACGAGGUCUCUGGAUCGCCGCCGCCGUCUCGCUCGUUCGUUCCCGCCCUCCCCUGUCGCCGCGGCGCCGGGUAAGGCCUAUCAAGGAAGGCAAUCCCGCGCUCGCACUACUACAAUUCACCCCGAUUCCUCGACGCCGGCCGCCGUCAAAGCGCCUGUGUCCCGCCCUGGACACGCUGAUUCGCCCGGUUCGCCCGCCACACGACGGGUUAUGUUUCCUACCUUCAUCGGCAUCCUAGACAUUCAAUCGUGGUGGGAGGUGCCAAGUAUAGCACACUUUUGCUCAUUAUUUAGAGCUGCCUUCAAUCUUCUGGAUUUUGAUAUUGAGGAUUUAGAAGAAGCUUUAUUGACAGACGGUGGUACCGAAGGACGACUGCUUCAGGAGUUGAUAGUGAAGUUGUUGGAAGGUUGCUUGCCAAAUGAUACCCGCAAUGACAUCUCCACAUUUAAUUAUCAGAUGUUUCUGCGUAGACUUUUUCGGAAAAAAUGUCAAGAAUACAAGUGCGAAAAUCCUUUCAAUACAGACGUAGAUUUUGAGUUGUUACCGCUCCGUCAAAAAGUAGAAAUACUACGUGCGCUCUGCGACUUCAGGCUAGACGCCGAAGACGUAGAGGAAUCGUUAAGUAAUUUGGACUCGGAUAGCCUGCGAGUCGAACCUUUGGGACAUGAUCGUAAGAAUUCUGCCUACUGGUACUUCUACGGCACUCGAUUGUACCGGGAGGAUUACAUUGAUACUUCUAACAGUGCCUCACACAAGCAGAAAAGUAAACCCAGAGACAAAAAGCGUAAGAAACGACGGAACAGAGUGGCGAAGGAGGAACAGGAAAAGGAAGAGAAGGAGGAAGCUAGUUUAAUAAAUAGUGAGAACAAGAGAGAAAGCGUUUGGCAAGUUGUCUGUUUCACUCAGCAAGAUUGGAGCAGAUUAGUUGAAAAAUUUCGCGAUUCGGAAUACGACACCGAGCGUAAACUUUAUCGUACAUUAUCAGAGGACUUUAUGCCGGAAAUACCGAAACUGUUCGAUCUGAAGGAGAAACAGCAACGACGUAAACUAUUACAACGUAAUAGCUCUCGGGUGCUUCGCAGUCAGGAACCUACGACGCAGAUGGAUGCAGUCAUGGUCAGAUCCAAGAUUAAAACCAAAACGACCAAAGGGACUAAAAAGGGGACGCAGAGCUCGAAAUCCUCUUAUAUUAAGGAAGAGACCACUCCGCCGUUACCGGCUCCGCCGAUCCAGAAGAAGGGACGACAAACGAACAAUUCUUUGGCCUCGGCCGUCGGUCAGAUCGUAAUUCACACCAGAGACGAGGUGGAGGACUUGGAGAAGAAGAAGGGUGUCGGUAAUCAUGGCGACGGUAAUUACGUAUCUUGCAAUUACGGGUACAAAUACGGCUACUCAUUCGGAAUCGAAGAGGAGGAACGUUGUGUCGGAAUGCACAAAGUUCUCGAAAGCGUCAAGGAUCAUGUCGACGCUUGGCCGUUCACCGAUCCUGUGGAUGAGGACUAUGCGCCAAGGUACUACAGUGUGGUGCGCAGACCUAUGGAUCUCAGCACUAUGGAAGAGAAAUUGGAAGGCGGCUCGUAUAAAAGUAUAAGUCAGUUUAAGCGAGAUUUUCGACUUAUCGUUGACAAUUGUAGGCAAUAUAAUGGCUCGGAUAACGAAUAUACGGAAAUGGCGGUUAAUCUUAAGGAAGCGUUUGACAAAGCCGUGAGUCGGUAUUUGGAGUCGGAGACAUCCAGUGAUGAGGAUCUCACAUCUCCUCGCUCGUUAGACGGUACAUCCACAUCGCCAUCGUAUCCUUCACGUCAUUUAUCUUCUUCGCAUCAUAACGCACGUAAACGUUCGAAAAAAUCGACCAAAAAAUCCAAGUCUUAUAAGCCAGAAAGUAAAGCAAAAUCUAAGAAUAAUGAGAAAGUGGAUGAAGAUGAAAAAAGAAGUAAAAGCAUUAAAGUAGCGAAAAAGAAGAGAGGGAAGAAAAAAGGCAAAAAGGCAAGAGAGGAAGAAUUGGACGAAGAUGAGGAAGAGGAAGAACAGGAAGAUCAAGAAAGCGAAGAUGCGAUAUCCGAGACAAGUAUCGUAGCAUCGAAAAGAAGAAAAAAUGUUGAUGUAAAUAGUUUACUUAGAAGCAAAAAGCUGUCUAAGGAAUCGGAAGAAUUAAAGACGUCUAAUAAAAAAACAAGUAGAGAGCGACAUCAACCGAGGAAAGAUUCGGAAAUUGUACGAUCUGCGAAAGAAACGAAGGAGAACAAAAAGCGAAAAGAGGAUUUCGAGGAAGAUUAUGAACCCCCGGUAAUCGCGAAAAGUAAAAGUAGGAAAAUAGAAAAGAAGGAGCUUGAAGAAACUGGAAUAUUGACGGACAAUACGAAAAAGAGCAAAUUAAAAAAGAUGGAAGUGGAAGAAAGCGAUACAGUAUUCGAGGAAGACAAGAAACAAUCUUCCCACGUUAAAGCGAAGAAAAAUCGUAAGAAGGAGAAGACGAGUUUAAAGACUGCAACAAAGGCUGACGAGAAAUCCGACAAGAAUCACGCUAAGCAAAAAGAUAAGAAAUCAAAACAGAAGAACGCAGAAUUGAAGAACGGCGAAUUAAAAAGUCAAAUGGAUCCCAAAGAUGUAGAAUUAGAAAGCGCUUUAGAUUCAAAGCAUACUCACACUUCCAAGAAACUCUCUGCGUUUAUCGGUAAUAAGGAUGUAGACUCGCUUGAUAGUUUAAAGGAUAAGAUAAGUGAUAGGAAACGCGAGGAAAAAUUGAAGAACGAAAAGGAGAAGCAGAGGAAAGCGAUGAAAAAUGACGCUCAGGGUGUCUAUUCAAAAAAAGUGCCUUCAAACAGUAAUGCUUUCCAUGAGAAUGACAAGGAUGUUGCAAAGCGAUCCAAGUCGAAGAAAGGUGCGAAGGAAGAUAAGGCUAUGGAUGACACGAUUAAGAAACAGGAUACGGAAAUCGGCGAGAAUAAGAAAGCUCAUGCUAAACAUACCAAAGGAUUAGGAGCGGAAGAUAAUGCCAUUCAAGCGUUAAACGAAGCUACGGAGAAGACACUUCAUGACAUUAACAAGUGGCUUGACGACGCUCCCAAAGUCGCGGAAUUCUCCUCUGGCAGCGACUCUCCGGUGCUUCACACUUCUUCCAUUGAAUCCAAUCGGUCGAAGGUAGAGACCGCGCGAAAGAGACCGAGCUCCAUGAAAAUAUUUGGUCCUCACGGGCCGAGUCGACCGAAGAAGAUACAACGCACGAUCGACCGUUUGCAGCCUGGCAAGAGCAAGGGAAAUUUACUUCUGAAGAAGCCGCUCAAUUUACCUAACGCCAACGCCAAUGACUCCACGGUUCACGCUACCAACGACAAUGAUCAAUCGAGCAAGGAUCUCGACGAGGAACCGAAGCUCAGCUUGGGCACUGUGCUGAAAAACGUAGAUUCCAUUCAAUUGAUCUGCAAGAGUUUAGUAUCGUCGCCUAAUCCGAAUUUUUCAAACGACGAGGAAGAGGAUCACGCGCUUAGCCCAUCUCAAACGUCCAACGUUAAAGAGGAGAAAACUCUGAAUGCCAAGGGAGCCGCUAAAGCAUCGAGCGCAGUGGAGGAGAAGGAAGCAGCUUCCGCUACGGAGGAAGCACAGAAACCAAAAUCCGCCACGCCGAAUCUGAGUGCCUGGUUCAAAGCUUUCGGAGCGCCAAAAUCAAAAAAGAAGGACGAGGAAGUGGAAGAGGCGGCGGCAACGAAGAAGGACAGCGAUAUACAGGAAGUGUUUAGCGGCCGGCAACGACGGUUGAGCACCGGUGGUAGCAGUGUCAGUGAAUCGGUGUCCAGUUUCUCUCAGGAAUCUCCACCGGCGCCGCGCGCGGCUCGCUCUCCGCAAUGCCAGCCCGCGAUCACGCCGACCGAGCCGAUAAGAGGCGCGGGAUUUUAUCAAGACGCGUUGUCGACCGGUAGCAGCCCUUACAACAGUCCGUAUUACGCUACGCCGCCGAGAUAUAGCGCGCAAUUGCCGCCUACGCCGUCCCCGCAAAAUCAUCCUCUGUCUCCGGCUUAUCCGUCGUCCUACAACGAGCAACAGCAGCAACAACCGCCACCACCACCACCACCACCACCAGCACCACCACCACCACCACCACUACCACCACCACCACCAUCAUCAACCGCCUAUCCUCCGGUGCACGCGCAACCGCCGCAUCAAUCGCCGUAUCAGAAAUCCUCGCCUCAGGAGAAUCCCAACGAAGCGUUUCCGCAGAUGUCGCCGCAACACUUCCCGCAGCAAUUGCCCGCCAACAGUCAGAAUCAGUCUCCCGUCUAUCCGCAACACUCUCCGCAACCGAUGCAGCCGGCUUACCCGCAGCCAUCGCCUCAGACACCGCCGUCAAAUUACUCGCAGACCUCGCCGCAACAGCCGCCCACUCCGAAUUACUCGCAGCCGUCUCCGCAACAGAACGUGGUGGCCAAUUAUUCUCAACCUUCUCCGCAGGCGGUGGCCAAUUAUCCGCAAGCUUCUCCGCAGCAACAGCAGCAACACUCCCCUUUCUCGCAGACUUCGCCUCAAACGCCACCGAAUUACUCGCAGCCGUCGCCGCAGCAACAUUCUCCGUACGCGCAAUCCUCUCCUCAGCAACCCGCCGGCUACGGCCGGCUCUCGCCGCAACCACCAGCCGCGAAUUACUCUCAGUCAUCGCCUCAGCCACCCGCUGCGUACUCGCAGCCGUCUCCGCAACCGCCGAGCUUCUCCCCUCAGCCGUCGCCGCAAACACGCCCCGCCAAUUACUCGCAAUCGUCGCCGCAACCGCUGAGCCCGUACCAGGCUCCGCAGCUCGCUCGGAAUUACUCUCAAUCGCCACACCAGCCGAUCCAGACCUUCUCCCAGCACUCGCCGCAAGCGUCGUCGUCUCCGGUCUUCGAGCCAUCGCCGCAAAGCAGCCCGUAUUCGCAAACGUCGCCUCAAUCGCUGACCAAUUACUCGCAGCCGUCGCCUCAGCAACCGGCUACGUAUUCGCACCCUCUGCACUCGCCGCAGACGCCGCCCAAUUACUCGCAACUCUCGCCGCAACAAGCGGCCGGAACGACGUCAGCGACGGCUGCGAAUUACUCGCAACCGUCGCCGCAACAGACCCGCACCUAUCCGCAAUCGUCGCCGCAACGAAAGUCCACUUGCAACUCCGUGCAACCGCCGCAACAAUCGCCCAGCUACUCGCAACCCUCUCCGCAGCAGACCACCGCUUACCCUCAGCUUCAACCGUCCAAGGGCUCGGACGAGUACCCCGUGGUCACAACCACAUCUGCCAACUACACCGCGGACUUCAAGCAGAAUCCUGUGUACAGUCAGUCGCAAGUUGAACAGUCGCCUACGGUAUCGUCGUCGGUGAACGAAUCUGAACAUCGAACGGAAUACUUGAAGUCGAGCGCGAAACUCGCAAGUGGCGAUCAGCAGAGGAGCUUCCCCGUGCAGUCGGAAUCGUCGUUGAGUCUGAACACGAAUCAUCAGAUCUAUCAGUCGCCGAAUCAAUAUCCGCCGACGUAUCCGAAUCCCGGUUUCCCCAACGUCGAAUUGCCGAGAUCCGCUUCGAGGCACGGCAGUCAGCAGCAACAGCAGACGCAACAGCAAUCCACGCCGCAAGAAUCGCGGUCCGGUUUCGCGGAGAUCCAGCCGCGCGGUUACCUCGGUAAAGCACCGUCCGCGGAACAAUUGCCCACGCCCACGGAUCAGACUCAGUUGUUGGCGUUCCAACAGAACUUAACCGCGGCGCACGAGUCGGCCCUUUACUCAGGCGGCUUCCAGCCAUCCAGCUACUCGUUACCACCGCCAAACUCGAGGCCGGUGUAUCCUAGUCCGCACUACUUCGACACCGGCUCCAAGUCUACCAGUGGUGGUAGCGGUGCGUCGAGCAAUUCCGCCGGCAAUCCACCGCCGAUGAAGAAGCGUGCGUACGAGCCGUCGUCGGGCGGCGAAUCGAGCACACGCGGUCUGCAGGAAAGCGCAGUGGCGCGUUCCGGUCAGGAACAAUUCCCGAGCUUCGACCCGAUGAUGGCGCUUCCGCAGUCGGACGGCGUUUCGGUCAGUCAGUUCGACGGCACGUCGUUCGUUGGCAGUCUCGCCGAUAGCAUGGCGACCAAUCCGGCGUACGCGCGACUGGGCCUCAGUCUGGUAGGUCGAACACCGAGCAAGGAGCAGCAGCAACUGCUGACGAUUCCUCGACCGCCGCCCACAGCGAAGCCGGACCACCUCGCCGCUUACGGGCGUGGCGCCGCGUCCGGUGCAACCGAACUUGAGCAGCUUAAUUUGUUGCAGAGCUUGCAAAAUGCAGCGGUAGCGGCGAAGAACAGUCAGGGCAUCCUCGCGAUAUCGCGACGAGCCGGCGAGAGCGAUGCGCGGGCGGCAUCCAUCGCCGCGACGGCACCUACGUCGACGGUGUCGAAGAAGAGAGGCCGAAAGAGUAAGCAUCCGCAGCAACAGGAGCAACAGAGCGCGUCUAUCACGGCGACAACCGUGACGACGACCACCGAUCAGCAACAAGCGGCGGGUAUAUUCCCGCAAUACGCGACAGCGUCCGCUGCGUCUGCGGAUCCUAUCGGCGCUCUGAAGGUACCACCGCCUGCCGGAAGUGCCUUCAACUUCGCCACGUCCACCAGCAGCGCGAGCACCGGCCACGCGCCGCCAUUCACCUACGACAAGGACGCUACUGCGGCGGCCACGUUCGCCUUUCUGACGGACGAAUUCCGCAAUCCGACCAGCUACUACAACAUGGCUCUGCGACAGCAGCAGCAGCAGCAGCAGCAGCAACAGCAGCAGCAGCAGCAGCAUCAGCAGCAGCAACAGCAGCAGCAGCCGGUGAACAGCCAGCAAGCCGCCUGCAACAAACUCGGCAAUCAAGCGCCGCCGCCGCCGAGGAAUUACCCUCCGCCACACCCGUUUCUUCAUUCGGCCGCCGCCGCUGCGGCCGCCCAGAGAUCGGCCGCGGCUUACGUCCCGUCAGUCCCCUAUGUGACGUCUCACGGGACUAAUCUGACGGUCGACCCGGCCGCCUAUCAGCAGUACAUCCACUCGCUCUACGCUCUCCAACCGCCGCCGCCGCAUCACCACAGACCGUCCUGGCUCUAGCCGCUGAGAUCGCUGUAAGAGUGGCGCUUGUGCGAUCGAUUCGUCACACGAUAGACGACAGAUUAACUUGCAGAUGAACUCUGGGACGCACCGCGGCGGAGGGAGAGGAGAAUCGUUUCCGGACGAGUUUGUCGCGCAACGCGAAACACCAAUCGAAAGUCUCUUGGCGAGCGCGCGAGGGAGCAGUAUGCCCUAUAAUCUAUAUUCUUUUUUUUUUUCUUUUUUAUUCACAAAGGACAUCCUCCUCGCGACUUGUCUUUUUUAUUGUUUUUUAUGCAAUUGACCGUGUGACUUUCUACGGGAUUAGGUAAAAGACCUUUUGUAGAUUUCUUUGACUGCAGUUUCCUUUUUACAAGCGACCGAACGAUUCGGAUAUCUUUGACACAUUUUUACACCAUUCGUCGGAAGGGAGGUCUAGUUUCUAUCUGAUAAAAGAAAAAGAACGUAAUAUGUAAUCAUCUGUAUAUAAAGAACAAGUCUACUUUUUCGAUAUAGGAAUUUUUGAUAGUUUUCUAAAACGAGACCGACAGGUUUAAUAAUUCUAAGUCGAAGUCGCUAGCGCCGAGAGUAAGUCGAUCCGCACGUCUAUCAAAAGUUCCUCCGUGCAAUGUUGAGCAAAUAUAUUCGCGAAUGAUAACGUUACUGUAUAUCAUAAUUAUAUAUAUAAUACAUAGUCUGCUUGUCAUACAUAUAUAUAUAUAUAUAUAUACGAUUAAACGUAUAUAUAUAUAUUAGCUAUACAUAUAUAUAAUUAUGUUAUAUACAUAUAUAUAUAUAUUAGUGUUUGUCCAACACUCCGUGGUAAAUCCUCACGCGACGAACGCGUGUCUCAUCGGUGCAUGUGUCGGGACAGAGAAUUAUGCAAUAUUGGAUCUAAUUGAUAAAUUAGUGACGGACAGUCCCUGUAGCUCCAUGAUUCGGGUCCAUAAUUCGCUGAGUGUCAUCUUAGCCAUCGAUUUUACGUUGGUUUUCGUUCGAUGCAGUGUAGCGUUUAAUCGUUGACCGUAGCAGCAGCAGCAGCAUACACGCGUGAGUUCUGCGAAAAAAACCAAGAGAAUUUUAUGUAUAAUAAUAUCGGGCGCGGUUCUGUUGCUGGUGUAUGUUAUGUAGAUUAUUUAGCGACGUAAGAAUAGCAUGUAAGUUAGGCUUUCUUUGUAUAUAUAAAACACAUAUCUCACGCAUAGACGAUGUGCUCGAUAUGAUGGGAUCUCGAACGUAAAGAGAGAGAUCUGCAAGACCUGGAAAGAUGGGGAUCAAUCGACGAGAUAAAUCGCAGUUAAUCGCGAACGGAAGACGACCGUCACACGAAGAGGCGCAUACUAGUAAUAUAAAAUAUGAGAUCACAGAAAAUAUAUAUAUAUAUAUAUAUAUGUGUACAAGCAUGCGCGAAAAACAAAAAGACGAAAUAUACUGUAACACACCGCUAGCGUCAUACAUUCAUUAAUUCAUCUUUAUCGCUGAACAGAACCGAAAUAUCGUCGGAAAGCGGUAUACUGAAACUUAUAAAUAUAUGCAUAUAUGUAAAUGUAUAUUGUAAAUGUAUCAAUGACAAAUUAAAAACACAGUUUGUUA